AUGUGGUCAUCAAGCAGGUCUUCUUCAUCUUCAUCUUCAUCUCAUUCCCCAUUUUCUCCAAGACUCAAAACAAUGGAAGAAGUGUGGAAAGAUAUUAAUCUUUCUUCACUUCAAGAUCACACUACUAAUUACUCUAAAGAUCAUCAACAUCAUCUUCAUGAUCAUAAUCAUCAAGGUGCUAAUUUUGGUGGAAUGAUUUUACAAGAUUUUUUGGCUAGGCCUUUUGCUAAUGAAUCUUCAGCAGCAGCAGCCUCCCCUGUUUCAGCUACAACUAUGCUGAAUUUGAACUCUGUUCCAGAGCUUCAUUUCUUUGAUAACCCUUUAAGGCAAAACUCAAUCUUGCACCAACCAAAUGUUAGUGGAAGAAAAAGGGUUGUCCCUGAAACAGAGGACAAUUCUACAGGGGACAGAAGAAAUCGGAGGAUGAUCAAGAACAGAGAGUCUGCUUCUAGAUCAAGAGCUAGAAAGCAGGCCUAUUUGAAUGAGUUGGAGACGGAAGUGGCACAUUUAGUUGAAGAAAAUGCAAGGCUCAAGAAGCAGCAGCAACAGUUACUCUUAGCUGCAGCUAUUCAAGUUCCAAAAAAGAACUCUCUUCAUCGGACGUCAACCGCUCCAUUUUGA